AUAUUCCUGAGUAAUCAUAGUAAAAACAAAACUGCAAAAAACAAAAAUUAUUGGUUAUCUGCCUGGUUUUUUAAAUUUAUUUUUUGAGACGGAGUCUCUUUUGUUCAGGCUAGAGUGCAGUGGUACAAUCUCAGCUCACUGCAACCUCUGCCUCUCUGGUUCAAGUGAUUCUCUUACCUCAGCCUUCCAGGUAGCUGGAUUACAGGCAUUUACCACCAGGCCCAGCUGAUUUUUGUGUUUUUAGUAGAGACGGGGUUUCACCAUGUCGGCCGUUCUGGUCUUGGACUCCUGACCUCAAAUGAUCCACCCACCUCAGCCUCUCAAAGUGCUGGGAUUACAGACUUGAGCCAUCGUGCCCAGAUCUACCUGCUUUUCUUUUUUCUUUUUUUUUUUUUUACAAAAACUCCAGAGAAUAUAACAAUUAAUCUACCUGCUUUUAAGAAAAAAAAAAAUUGACUCAGUUUUGGAGUGAAGGACAUUUCUGGCUACUUAUUGAGUAAUUAACUCAUUUACACAGCAAUUGCCUAAAAAUAUUUUCCUUUGUUUCCAUGAUAUUAAGCAGAGACUCAAGUCAAACAACGUAAGAAAAUCUAGCUAAAUAAUUUAAGUUUAUUCAGAAAACAUUUUUGAGCUCCUGUUAUGUGCCAGAUACUAUACUUGGUACCAAGGGUAUACAGAUGAAUUAGGCCAGCCCUUUUAAAGGGCUCAGUCGUGGUUGGGCACAGCGGCUCACGCCUAUAAUACCAGCACUUUGGGAGGCGAGGUGGGCGGAUCUCUUGAGGUCAAGACCAGUCUGGCCAACAUGGUGAAACCCCAUCUUUACUAAAAAUACAAAAAAAAAAUUAGCUGGGUCUGGUGGCACGGGCCUGUAAUCCCAGGUACUUGGAAGGCUGGGCAGGAGAAGUGGUUGAACCUGGGAGGCAGAGGAUGCAGUGAGCUGAGAUCUCACCAUUGCACUCCAGCCUGGCAACAAGAGUGAAACUCUGUCUCAAAAAAAAAUAAUAAUAAAUAAAGGGGUCAGUAGUAGUAGUUAUUAGGGAGAAGUUAGGGAGAAAAAGAGUAACUGGAGAAAAUGCAGUUUUAAUUAUGGAUUAGACUCCUAAGAUAUCAGGAGUAGUUCAUUGUUUUGCAUAAAUAUGUGCUCUGUACAUGACAUGUUUGCUACAAGCACACCAGAGCACAUUAUGUUACUAUAAAUCUGAUGUUGGCAGCUGUGAAGAAUGAUUAGCGAGGAGUAUGUCUGGAGAAACAUUAAUGAUUAUUUGUUAGUUUCAGAUUUGUUGCCUUUAUUAGGUGUCAAUAAGUGAAAAUAUUGACUAAGCAUGUAAAAAUGACCAAGAAUUGUUCCUACUAUAUUCUCUACAUAUAUGUGAGCACAUAAGCAUUGAUCUCAUUUUUUGUUUGUUUCUGUUUUUUCUUUGAGACAGGUUCUCACUCUGAUAGCCCAGGCUGGAAUACAGAGCCACAAUUUUAGCUCACUGCAGCCUUGACUUCCCCAGAUUCAGGUUCUGGGGUACACACGCAGAUCAUUCAGGAUUGUUGCAUAGAUACCACAUUGAGUGAACAAAAACUGGACUUUUACAGAUACCUUUUAUAAAAGAUGUCUGUGGAGUAGUAUUACGGUUCAGAUAACAAAGGAUUUUGCAUUAUGAGAACAUCCUAUUUUGUCAACCUAAUGAAGCAUUCAAAGAAGACAUAUGACUCUUUUCAAGAUGAACUUGAAGAUUAUAUUAAAGUACAGAAAGCCAGAGGCUUAGAGCCAAAGACUUGUUUCAGAAAGAUGAGAGAAGACUAUUUGGAAACCUGUGGGUACAAAGGAGAGGUUGAUUCCAGAUGCACAUAUAGAAUGUUUAAUCAAAGACUUCCGUCUGAAACCAUCCAAACCUACCCAAGAUCAUGCAGUAUUUCACAAACAGUGGAAAAUCAAUUGCCUCAGUGGUUACCAGCCCAUGACACCAGAUUGAGACAAGACUCUCUGAGUUACUGUCAGUUCACCAGGUACUGUUUCUCAGAAAAACCAGUACCCUUAAACUUUAAUCAGCAAGAAUAUAUUUAUGGCUCGCAUGGUAUAGAAUCUAGAGUUUAUAAGUGCUUCUCCUCAGAUAACAGUACCAGUACCCAUCAAGCCAGUCACAAACAGAUACAUCAGAAGAGGAAAAGGCACCCAGAGGAAGGCAGAGAAAAAUCAGAGGAGGAGCGGGCCAAGCAUAAGAGAAAAAAAAGUUGUGAGGAAAUUGAUUUAGACAAACACAAGAGUGUCCAAAGAAAGGAAACAGAAACCGUACAUGUCAGUACAGAAAAGCUUAAGAAUCGGAAGGAGAAAAAAAGCCAAGACGUAGUCUCUAAGAAAGAGGAACGUAAGCAUACGAAAAAGAAAAAGGAACAAGGCCAAGAAAGGACAGAGGAGGAAAUGCUUUGGGACCAGUCUAUUCUUGGAUUCUGAAGCUUUCAAAGUUGGUUCUCCCAAAGUUAAAUUGAAAAAAUAGUUGAGAGCAUGGUUUUAUGAUGUCCAUGUUCAUAUCACUUUUCUUAUAUGAAUAGGAUCUUUAAUUUCUAACAAAGGCCAAGUGAACAGGAAGUGUUUAGCAUGCUUAUUCUCCAACACAGAAAUUACUUUUUCUUAUUUUCUAAAAGCGUUAUUACAUUUUUCUCACAUAUAAUUCCUUUUAAUGAAAGUGGCUCUGCUUGUAUUAAUCCAAUUGCUUUGAUGGUGGAAUUAUUUUCUCUUGGGAAGUUAUUUAUUUUAGGAGGAUUAAUGGACUUUGCAGAAACUAUUUCUAGAUUGAGUUUGUUAUAGUUUUAAGUUGGAUAUUUUAUUUUUAUUGGUUUUUCUCUAUGAUGGCAAUGUUUUUCUCCUUUCUUAGGUCUAACUUGCAGUGUAUUUUCUAAGCUGGAAAGUGGAAAAUGAUAUACAUUAUAGUAAUAAGCUUAGGUUACAUAGAGUUUCUAAAGUUUGAAAGAAUAUUGAUACAAAAUCAGUUUAUAUUCUGGAAAUAUUUACAAUAAAGUAUUAUAAUUUCUA